GAUAUCUUAAUAAUGUGUAUAGUGCACAGCGUGUACAAUAAAGGUUGUUGGGAAAAAAAAGAAGGUGGGCGGUCCGUUUGCUUUGCGUCUAUAAAUAGACGAUGUGCCACGCCAUACCUCUCUCUUCCAGUUCGGUUAGGAGACGGGAUGUCUCACCGAAAGUUCUCCGCCCCCAGGCAUGGCUCUCUGGGCUUUCUGCCCCGCAAACGUAGCAAGAGGCAUCGUGGGAAGGUGAAGAGCUUUCCCAAGGAUGAUCCAAGCAAGCCCAUCCACCUGACAGCUUUCCUGGGUUACAAGGCUGGCAUGACUCACAUCGUCAGGGAGGUCGACAGACCUGGCUCCAAGGUGAAUAAGAAAGAAGUGGUGGAGGCAGUGACUGUUGUGGAAACACCUCCCAUGGUCAUUGUUGGCAUUGUGGGUUAUGUACAGACCCCACGUGGUCUCCGCAGUUUCAAGACCGUCUUUGCUGAGCACAUCAGUGAUGAAUGCAAGAGACGUUUCUACAAGAACUGGUACAAAUCUAAGAAGAAGGCAUUCACCAAGUACUGCAAGAAGUGGCAGGAUGAAGAUGGCAAGAAACAGCUGGAGAAGGACUUCCUUAGCAUGAAGAAAUACUGCCAGGUCAUUAGGGUCAUUGCCCACACUCAGAUGCGCCUGCUUCCCUUGCGUCAGAAAAAAUCUCACCUGAUGGAAAUCCAGGUUAAUGGAGGCACAAUAGCUGAAAAGUUGGACUGGGCCAGAGAGAAGCUUGAGAAGCAAGUUGUAGUGUCUGGUGUCUUUGGACAGGAUGAAAUGAUUGAUGUUAUUGGAGUCACUAAGGGAAAAGGCUACAAAGGUGUGACCAGCCGUUGGCAUACAAAGAAGCUGCCCAGGAAGACUCACAGGGGUCUGCGUAAGGUGGCUUGUAUUGGAGCCUGGCAUCCUGCCCGUGUAGCUUUCUCCGUGGCUCGUGCUGGACAGAAGGGCUAUCACCACCGCACAGAGAUUAACAAGAAGAUCUACAAGAUUGGCCAGGGCUACCACUCGAAGGAUGGCAAACUUGUCAAAAACAACGCCUCAACCGAUUAUGACCUUUCAGACAAGAGCAUUAACCCUCUGGGUGGUUUUGUCCAUUACGGAGAAGUGAAAAAUGACUUCAUCAUGCUGAAAGGCUGUGUCAUUGGGACCAAGAAGAGAGUCCUUACUCUGCGCAAGUCACUCCUUGUCCAGACUAGCCGUCGUGCCCAGGAGAAGAUUGACCUGAAAUUUAUUGACACAACUUCAAAAUUCGGGCACGGACGUUUCCAGACACCAGAGGAAAAGAAGGCUUUCAUGGGCCCACUCAAGAAAGACCGUCUGGCAAAGGAGGAAACUGCAUAAAUAUGACAUAUCCUAUGUACAUCUGGGAUGUUAUGAUUGUGCUCUUAAUAAAACUGAAAAUGGCAAAA